GACCCCGGGGCUGGCGCGGCGGCACCGCGGGGUGGGCAGGUUUGCGCAAAAUGUGCCCGGGAGAGGAGCGGCGGCCGCGCUGAGCCAGAGCCAUGAGCCACCAGAUCCUGCUGCUCCUGGCAGUGCUGUCCCUGAGCCUGGCUACCUCCCAGCACCGGGACAAGGUGCCCUGUAAGAUGGUGGACAAGGAGGUCUUGUGCCAGGGCCUUGGUCUGCUCCAGGUCCCCUCAGUGCUUCCGCGGGACAUUGAGGCCCUCGACCUAUCUGGAAACCAGCUGCGGAGCAUCCUGGCCUCACCCCUGGGCUUCUACACAGCGCUUCGUCACCUGGACCUGAGCACCAACGAGAUCAGCUUCCUCCAGCCAGGUGUCUUCCAGGCCCUGCCCCACCUGGAGCACCUCAACCUGGCCCACAACCGCCUGGCGGUGGGCACCGCGCUGAGCACUGGUGGUCUGGGCCCCCUGCCGCACGUGUUGUCCCUGGACCUGUCUGGGAACAGCCUGUACAGUGGCCUGGUGGAGCGGCUGCUGGGGGAGGCGCCCGCCCUGCGCACCCUCUCGCUGGCGAAGAACAGCCUGACGCGCCUCACCCGCCAUAGCUUCGGGGGCACGCCGGCGCUGGAGUGGCUCGACCUGCACAGCAACGUGCUCAUGGACAUCGAGGAUGGCGCUUUCGAGGCCCUGCCCCACCUGGCCCACCUCAAUCUCUCCAGGAACUCCCUCACCUGCAUCUCCGACUUCAGCCUCCAGCAGCUGCGGGUGCUCGACCUGAGCUGCAACAGCAUAGAGGCCUUUCAGACGGCCCUGGAGCCCCAGGCCGAGUACCAGCUCACCUGGCUGGACCUGCGGGAGAACAAGCUGCUCCACUUCCCUGACCUGGCCGCCCUCCCCAGACUCACCUACCUGAAUGUGUCCAACAACCUCAUCCGGCUCCCCGCGGGGCCGCCCCCGGGCGGCGAGGGCAUCCACGCGCCCUCCGAGGGUUGGUCAGCCUUGCCUCUCUUGAACCCCAGCCGGAACACCAGCACCCACACCCUCUCCCAGCUCUUGAAUCUGGAUUUGAGCUACAAUGAGAUUGAGCUCAUUCCCGAGGGCUUUCUGGAGCGCCUGACCUCCCUGCGCUUCCUGAACCUCAGCCGAAACUGCUUGCGGGCCUUCGAGGCCCGGCGUGCGGGCUCCCUGCCCUGCCUUGUGCUCCUGGACGUCAGCCACAAUGCGCUGGAGAUGCUGGAGUUGGGCACCAGCGCCCUGGGGUCUCUGCGGAUGCUGCUUCUGCAGGACAAUGCCCUCCGGGACCUACCGCCAUACACCUUUGCCAGCCUGGUCAGCCUGCAGAGGCUCAACCUGCAGGGGAAUCGAGUCAGCCCCUGUGGGGGCCCCGGUGAGCCUGGACCCUCGGGCUGUGUGGCCUUCUCUGGCAUCUCCUCCCUCCGCAUCCUGAACCUAGUGGACAAUGAGAUGGAGACACUCCGGGCAGGUGCCUUCCUCCACACGCCACUUACCGAGCUGGACCUCUCCGCCAACCCUGGGCUGGAUGUGGCCGUAGGGGCCUUGGCAGGCCUGGAGGCCUCCUUGGAGGUCCUGGCCCUGCAGGGCAAUGGGCUGGCCGUCCUGCAGGUGGAUCUGCCCUGCUUCAGCUGCCUCAAGUGGCUCAAUCUCGCCGAGAACCGCCUGAGCCGCCUGCCUGCCUGGACGCAGGCGGUGUCCCUGGAGGUGCUGGACCUGAGGAACAACAGCUUCAGCCUCCUGCCGGGCAGUGCCAUGGGCGGCCUGGAGACCAGCCUGCGGCGCCUCUACCUGCAGGGGAAUCCACUCAGCUGCUGCGGCAACGGCUGGCUGGCCUCCCAGCUGCACCAGGGCCGCGUGGACGUGGACGCCACCCAGGACCUGAUCUGCCGCUUUGGCUCCCAGGAGGAGGUGGCCCUGAGCCACGUGCGUCCCGAGGACUGUGAGAAGGGGGGGCUCAAGACCGUCACCCUCAUCAUCAUCCUCACCUUCACCCUGGUCUCUGCCAUCCUCCUCACCACUCUGGCCACCUAUUGCUGUGUCCGCCGGCAGAAGUUCAACCAGCAGUACAAAGCCUAGAGAAGACGGGGGCUGCAGAACAGCUCAGUCCGGAGACCCUUUGAGGUCAGUGGGGGAGCUGGAGAAGGGUGGGGACUGACCCAAGGUCACACAGUGAGCCGGGGUCCGAGAACCCUGGUCUCUGAAUCCCAGCCCAGGUUUCCUUUCUCUGCAUCCUGCUGCAUCAGUAAGUGACCCACUUUCCAGGCCGCACAUGGGGUCCAGCUGUGGAAGCCGGAAGUUGGGCAGUUCCAGGACUGACAGAGAAUAAGUUUGACCCAUCGGAUCAACAAACAUUCGCCAGGCGUCUGUUUUGUGCCACACCCUGCUCUGGCACUGGGGACACCGGUGAAUGAGACACAGCUGUGCCCUCAGGCAUCUCCUGGUCUGGGUGGGGAGGUGGUCGCAGAGCCGUGCAGUGACCACACAGUGUGGGGGCCUGGGGUUCCGAAGCCCUGCAGCCCUCGCUGGCUGAGUGUGGACAGUCCUGCCCUCGGCCAGGCCAGGGCGAGGGAGGGGCAAGACGAAGAGCAUUUGUCUGAGACGUCUCCAAGCAGACUGUUUGUCACAUCUUUUGAUAAUGACUUUCAGCUUCACUGGAACAUGAGGAGCUUGUGACCGGAAGUGAGCUGGAGCCACAUGAGUACGUCUUGGAUCCAGCGCUGUUUGGCGGGCUCUGGCGGGGCCUGGUUAAGAGGCUGUUGCCCUGGGCUCUGGCCCAGGGCUGGACCAUUCCGUUUCCUGCUCUGGACAGGCUCUUUCCCUAGCUGGCACGCUCGUGUGGCACACACUGGCCCAAAUACUGCCCUAGCCCCCCACCCUCUGCCCGGGCCCCCUGCUCCAUCCCAGCCCCACCCUUGCUGGCAAGCCAUGAGUUAGAACCCUGGGAAUCUGCUUCUGUUUUGCACGAGGCUUGGCAGCUGUAACAAACCCAAGCCUGCAUCUGCCUCUUUAUGGGAACCCUCUGAGGUUGGUAUUUUAUCCCAUUUUAUAAAAGAGGCUCCAAGUCUCCCUCUAGGGUCUCCCAGCUCAGAAAUGCCAGAACUGAGAUUCAGACCCACAUCCUCCUGACUCCAGGGCCUGAGCUUUGUCCCUGUGGGGGCUGCAGGCUGUUAGGUGGACAGGAAGUGGUCCCACAUGGGCAGAACGGGGCCCGGGAGCAUCCCCACCCACUCCUCUCCCUCCUCUCUCCCAGGCAGGCAGAGAGCAGACAGGCAGCCACAGGCUGUCUGCUCCUUCUCUGCCUCAGUUUCCCUUGUUCCCUCCUUUGCAGACUGGUGCGGGUCUCCUUUUUCUCUUCUUGCUCUUGCAUUCCCUCAUUCCAUCUCCCUCCAUUGAGCAGAACCUGGAGCUUGAGACCACUGAGUCCAACCGCCCCAUUGUACAGAUAGGGAAACUGAGGCUGGUGGAGAGAGUGGGCCUUGCUCAGGACUGCACAAGUCAGUGGCAGAGCCUGUGAAAAAAGUGGAUUCAGACCUCACUGGGGGGCGUGUGGUGGCACUGGUGGUUGGACCUGAGUGGUUUCCUUCUCUCUCAGCUGUCACAUCCCAAGAGGACGCUGGCUGCAAAUGCUCUUUCUGGUCCUCAUCAUGCAGAGAUUUUUUUUCCCCCUAGAAAAAUGGGUAGAGAAACCCAUCCAGAUAUAACCCCAUGUCCCUCGUUCCUGUGGAAUCAUGGGCUGUCCUGGAAGAAGGGAGGCCCUGGGAUGAGCCCAGACCCUGCGUGACUGUCUCCCUCUCUUACCUGGGCUUGGCCUUUGGUCUGGCUCACGAUGGUGCUCGGUAAAGUGGGAGACGGUGAAAACGCCCCUCUCUCCACCCCGUUUUACAGAUGAGGAAACUGAGGCCCAGAGAGGGUAGAGGACUCAGGGAGUCAAAGGCCAAGCUGGGGCUGGAACCUGGUGUCCUGGCCCCAGCUGGGGCACCAAGUGGUAUGUGGUGGAUCCAGUCCCAUUGGGAUCACGCCCGUAGGUGCCCACCGUGCACAGACACUCUUCCUCAGGCCUGGAGGGCAAGGUGUGGCCCCUUCAGGCCUGAUCUUUGAAAACACUACACAAUGCUGCUCUCACCUUCCAGGAGCCAGGCCCACCCAGGCCUCGCACCGGCUCUUUGUAUAACCCACAUGAAUGUAUUAAAAAAUGAUUUUGGAGAAACA